GUCCCGACCAACUCGGUAUUUGACAUAUUCCAACCGGCCCGUAUGAAUUGAUUAUUUAGCCUGCUCGGCCCGAACUGUGAUUUUAUGCGACCCGGCCGGCCCGAAACCGACUUCAGAUCCGGAGAACCAGCCCUUAUACAAAUUGAAGCAAUAAAAACAUCGGAAAAGUCAAUUGUAUUAUUAAUUGAAACAACAUAUCUAACGGAACCAUUGACUGAAGAACAUACAUUAGUUAAACAAUUAUAUUUAAUUAUACAAUUAUAUUUAAUCCAGACAAUGAAUUUUAUAGCUGAGGUGACAUUAAGAUUGAAUUGCAAUCCUUCAUUCAUUUACAAGUAUUUCGGUUGUGCGAUAUAG